CUUUCUCUCACUUUUCUUCAGCUGUAGAGCAGUCAGUAUUCCACGUGCUCCUGGGGACUCUCUCUCUUUUUCUCUCCCUAGUCCACUCUCCGCAGUCCGCCUUACUUCAAUGCCAUCCACCAUUAUAAUUAUUAUUUCCUCUGUUCCCUCUCUCUCUUUCUCUUCUCCCUCACAGAAAACCAAAAACCCCAUUAUUAAUUGUUGCUCUAGAUUAUAAUGCAAAAAAGAUUAGCACCUGCGACAAGUUGAAGAUCAUAUCCAAGCUUGAUCAAGUGUGGUGUUUUGUUAAUGAUGGAAGGAAUCAAAGGCUCAGGAGGAGGGAAGGUUGCCAUUGGUGUUGGCAAUGGUGUUGGUCACGACCAGAUUAUUCAGGAUCAAGACAUGGGAGAUGGAAUGCAGUGCAGUGACCAUCCUUACAGAAACAACCCAGGUGGGAUCUGCGCUUUCUGUCUCCAAGAGAAGCUCGGCAAGCUCGUCUCUUCCUCCUUCCCUCUCCCCGUUCGUAACUCCGCCUCUUCUUCCUCCUCUCCUUCUUUUAGAUCUGACAUCACCGGCGCCACCAAUGCCGGCGGUGUCAGCGUCGCCGCUCCUUCCUCUACCUCCCUCUCGCUCUCGCUCUCGGUCCGUCCCAAAGCCAACGGCGAGUCGUUUCAUCACGACGAGUAUUACACCCGGCGGGCCAGGAUCUCGUUCCUUCUGGCCAGGAAGAAGAAGAAGGUGACUGCUAAUGCUUCCUCUGAUAGUCAGAGCCGCGCCACCGAUAUGGUUUUCAAGAGGAGCAAGUCGACCGCAACGCCUCGGAGGGGCCAUUUCAUGGAUGCUGCUGACGACUUUAGCCCCAGAAAGAGGAAUGGGUUCUGGUCCUUUCUCUACCACCACCACAAAACUUCCAAGAAAAUCGACAACAAGAGCUUCAGAGACAACUCCAAGAUUUCUUCCUCCUCCUCCUUCGCAUCUUCGGCCACAGCAACAACAGCAGCAGCUGGAAGGGACAAGUCUUUGGGCUCUUCUGUGAGGAAUAAAGCCGAAACCGCGGUGGGUGACGUUGAAGACGACAGCAGUCCCAACAGCCAAGCCACUGCUUCAGCCUCUUCGUUCGAGCGGAAGGUCUCCAGAUCCAGAUCUGUCGGCUGCGGCAGCCGGAGCUUCUCCGGCGACUUUUUCGAGCGGAUCUCGACUGGUUUCGGCGACUGCACUCUCAGAAGGGUCGAGUCUCAAAGAGAAGGCAAGCCUAAACACUCUUCAUCAUCAGCAGUUCGCAACGGCGCCGAGCGUGUCAAAUGUGGUGGGCUUUUCAGUGGGUUCAUGAUGACUUCAUCUUCUUCAUCCUCUUCGUCUUCCUCGUAUUGGGUUUCCUCCUCAGCCGAAGACAUGAACGGGAAGCCAAUGUCCGGUGGUCCCGGGCCGCUAGUCAACGGGAGAAGCAGGAGCAGCUGGGGUUGGGCCUUCGCUAGCCCCAUGAGAGCUUUCAGCAAACCUUCUUCGAAAGACGGGAAGAGGGACAUUAUUAGACAAGCGAAUACUUCAGAUAAGAACACCACCCCCAACUUGUCUGCAAUUCCUUCCUUGCUAUCUGUGAGAGGUUGAUGAUCAUCGAUGAAGAUGAAGAAGAAAAAGAAGAUUACUCGAGAGAUUAUACACAUUAAAUGCCUGUUAAUUAAUUUAAAGUACCUGUUUAUUACUACUAUGUUCAUUUAUCUUGAAUUUCUUGGUAUCUAUUCCAUUAGUGAUAUUACCAUGUAACACAUUGUCCCCAAGAAUCUUGUUCUUAAAGUUCUGGGUUUAGUAUUCAAAUGGAGAGAGUGAAGUGGGUAGUGGUGGAGUAAGAUGCAGAUUUGCAGAAGAUGUUGUUGACCCAUCUCUUUUUUUUUUUUUGGUUGUAUUGGAACUUGUAUUAUUUUUAGCGUUAUAUAUUAAUCUUCUGUAA